UGGCCACGUAGGAAUUUUCUCCUUUUGAGAAAAUUACCUUUUGGCAACGUGUUGUAUUUCAUCAAAUAAUUCGGAAAUGUUCGAAUUUCCACGUAUACAAAAGAUCAAGAAAUAAAUAAUUUUUCCAAUAAUAUUUUUACUCAUUUUCAUUCACGCAUAUUAGUGUUGUGAGAAAAAUGUUUUUGUCAACAUAAUGUGCUCUCACGGGAAAUAAAAGAUAUUUUUAAAUUCAAAUUAUUAGAAUUUCUAAAAUUACUUUAGAAAUUUUUAACAAACCUUUUUUCUCUUUUUUUUGCGCGUUAAACAAACUUGGGUGUCUUUUAGAGAACUUGUAAGUAGAAAACGAAUGUCGAUGUGUCUUGAUCGAUGUGAUUAUAAUAUGGCUAAGUUUUAGACUUCUGAGUCAAGUAAAGAAUUUAACUAUGGCUAGCCCACGAACGCGACGAGUACUAGGCGAAUUAAAAUUAAAGGACGAGAACAGUAAAUGCUUUGAAUGUGGUAACCACAACCCACAAUGGGUAUCUGUGACUUAUGGUAUUUGGAUAUGUCUUGAGUGUUCUGGCAAGCAUCGUGGCUUAGGUGUGCAUUUAUCAUUUGUUCGUUCUGUCACUAUGGACAAAUGGAAAGACAUAGAGUUGGAAAAGAUGAAAGUUGGUGGCAACAGAAAUGCUCGUGAGUUUUUUGAAAGUCAACCUGAUUGGGAUGAUUCCAUGUCUAUCUCACAGCGUUAUAAUACAAAAGCAGCAGCAUUAUACAAAGAUAAGAUUGCUACACUGGCACGAGGAGAACCAUGGAGUCCCACCAAUUCAACUGCAAAGAAUUUUCAGCCCUUAAUGUUCACUGAAAGUAGACAAGAACAUUCGUAUCAGAAUGACCUUUCCUCUUCUUAUCAAAAUAUAGACUCAAAUAGCUUGAAAGCACAGACAGAAAAUUUCUUUGUAAAAAAACAAACUGAAAAUGCAAAUCGUCCUGAUAACAUACCACCUAAUCAAGGUGGCAAAUAUAGUGGCUUUGGUUACCAAAUGGAUCCACCACCCAAGAGUUCGUCCCAGGAAUUGUUCGAUACUGCAGUAUCCUCAUUAGCCAGUGGCUGGUCAAUAUUCUCUUCUUCAGCAAUGAAAAUAGCAAACAAGGCAUCUGAGAAUGCUAUCAAAAUCGGAGGACUUGCGACGCAAAAAGUUCGCGACGGCACAUUGUUAGAAGAUGUUGGAACUCAAGUCAAUCAUUUGGUUGCAAAGGUGAGUGACAUAACAAGACGAGGCGGAUGGGGUGAUAUCGCUGGGACCAAUUCAGCUGACCAACAAAGACAAUACAAUUCUGUCGACCGUUAUCAAGAUUCCUCCAACACAUAUCAAAAUAGCGAUUUGAUCCAAUCAAAUCGCUCUAAUGAAAAGUCAUCUCUUGUUAGAAGUUCGAGUUCAAAAAGUAAUAUUUUUACUGGUGGUUCCUCGAAUAUAUAUUGUGAUUGGGAUUGGGGCAAUGACACAAAACAAACGAGCAAAACAUCGAAGAGGUCAAUAGAAAAAAAAGAAGAUUCGCUGAUUAGUUUUGAGACAAAUACUAAAGCACAACAGAAUAAGAACUUUAAAGCGGAAGAUGACGUCUGGGAAAUUUUAAAUAACUAACUUUUAUACAUAUGUAUGCAUAAGUUAUCUAACGUAUUAUAUACAUUAAUAUUUUUUUGCAUCUACUACAUUACGAUUAUACAUAGCCUUACUCUUUGUUACAAAUCGAAUUGAUCUGAAGUCAUUUUUUUACAACGCUUUUGUAGAAGUUACUAAUUGGAAUCCAGCUAACCAACGCUGUCCUAUAGGUGGACGAAUGUCAGUAUUGUAGAUAAUAUUCUUUCGCGAUCGGGGCUGUCCUGUGUUAGAUAUUAAAUUACAAAGUUGUUGUCUUGUAUGCCCUAAGAAAACCAAAACUUAAAGAUCGAGAAUAAUUGGCUUUUAUAUUAAUCGUUCGCGUUGACACUUGAGUAUUGCGCGAAAUAUAUGUGUAAUACACAAAAAUGCAGAUGUGUAUGUAGUCCAAUUUUCUCAACAACUGUUUAUCGUCAAUUGUUAAUAAAAAUUAUACGUUCUGUAGUUUUAUAGUACAAGAUAUAUAAAAAUCUAAACACGUUACUUAUAGAAAAAUACGUCUUAUGAGAAGAUACAAUCUUAAUGCAAGAAACAAGGACGAAACAAAUUUGUACAUAUAUAUAUGGUAGGUUUUUAGCAACAUAACUCAUUUUUGUAAUAUAUGUAGAAUAGGAUAUAAUUUUUGUUUAAAAAUUUGUACCAAAUUAUGUUAAUUUUUAUUUGUUAGUCAAAGUAGAGUGAUUUUCCAAUGUGAUGUAAAUAGAAAAAAAACAUCAUAUA